AUGUUAUUCACAAUUGAACAGGACUUUUUCUUGGAGCUCGCCCUCGCCGCCGGCUUCCAUUGCCGCCGCCCCGUGCGCGUGGCCGUGGCCGGCGUGCGUGUGCACCGGAAGCUCCUUGCAGUCACCUCCCCCUCCCACGGCUUCCGUCUUCCUCGCCAUCCGCCGCCGGUAGUACGACGUGGCGUACGUGUCCACCAUCAGCGUCCCGACGGCCGCCAGCAUGGCGACGAACCCGGCGAACGGGAAAUCCCCCCACGGGCCGGUCAGGUGCGGCGAGGUCAGGCUAUCGAAGGCGUCCGGCAGCACGUGGAUGAACCCCGUCGCCAGGAUGACGCCGGCGGCGAAGGCCUUCACCACGAAGAACAUGUUCCUCUCUGGGCUCAGCGACGGGACCCGCUUCCCGACCACCGGGAGGCAUACGCCGGCGGCCCCCGCCGCCAGGAUGGAGGCGAUCGCCGCGGCCUUGUACUUGGUGGCGAGGGAUUUGUCCCGGUACUCCGCGGCCUCUGGCUCACACGUGCAAUUUCCGGAGGCGGCGGCGGGGGGUGGCGGGAGGAGGAGGAGGAGCAGGGCGGCGCAGAGGAGGUGCCGACAGGCCCGACCCACCGGAAAAUCGAGAUUCUGGAUCAUUGA